GCAGCCUUCUCCAGGGGGACAGCCCAGUGCAGUACAGGACAUCCUUGAGUGGUGUAAAGAGGUUACCAAAGGUUAUCGUGGGGUCAAGGUUACCAACCUGACAACGUCGUUCAGAAAUGGCAUGGCGUUUUGUGCAAUCAUCCAUCACUUCAGAUCUGAUCUCCUAGAUUUCUCUAGUCUUUCCCCACAUGACAUCAAAGGAAACUGUAAGCUUGCAUUUGACGCCGCGGCAAAGUGUGGAAUUCCCCGUGUGAUAGAACCGUCUGACAUGGUGCUGUUAGCCGUCCCAGAUAAGCUGUCUGUGAUGACUUACCUGUAUCAGCUGCGUUCUUACUUCACGGGACAGACCCUGGAGGUGCAGCAGAUUGGGAUGAGCGCCAGUGAGAGCACCUACACCGUGGGUGAGCAUGACACUGAGGAUGACGCCAGAAUCUCAGAAGAGAUGUACGGCAAAGGUAUCAAACACUCCUCCAGCAGGGAGAGCUCACCAUUCAAACAAAAUUCUAGUAGAGGUAGUUCCUCUGAAAGAAAUCCUCCAAAGUCUCCCAGCAAAGUGUCACCUGAGAAAACAAAGCGCAAGUCCCCUAGUAAAGAGCGAUCACCUUCUGUGCCUACCACACCAAAGGGUCUCUCAAAAGAUGUGGCCAGUGGAAUGAAGGAUUCCCCUGAGAAGGACAAAUUGAUGACUAGAAAACAGCUACGUAAUCCAUUUGACUCAGACGAUGAAGAAGAAACAGGGGAGAAGUCACCAGUAACAGACACCCCUGCUGAGAGAGAUUCAUCGGACACUUCGCAACCACUCAGUCGUAACAACAACUGUUCAGCUGGUGAUGAGCCUGUGAAGAGGAAAAUUCAGGAGAGGAGAGCCGUCAAAAGUCAUGUGGAGACGUCACAGACAACUCCACAGCCAGAAGCUGGCUCAGAGAGACGAAGACCAACCAGCUUGUCUACAUCCCAGUGCCGACGCGAAGAGCUGAAACAACGAGCGCAGAUGCUUCUGGAGCAAAUGCGCCAAGAGGCAGCACAGAACCGCGCUGAUAAUGCUCAUGGCAAGACUCAGCCUGCCAGGUCCUCACAAGAGACUGACAAUGAGCGACAGAGGCAGUUGCGAGAGCGAGCCCGUAAGUUGAUUGCUGACACGCAGGCCAGCAUGAAGAGCUCUGAUAAUCAACCUUCAAGCCCAACACAGGAUGCACCAGGCUCUCCAACCUCCCCAGGGCAGAUGUCAGAACUAAAGAUCAAGAAACUCACCCUCGUCAAGCCUAACCUGGGAGCAACCUUCAACCGGUCGCGCUCCAGAGACAGUGACUCCACAGACUCAUCCCAGAGUAAAGAUAAUUUAUCUAAUGGUAUAGAAAGCAAAAGCCCCAAGUCUACAAAGCAGCGCAAACGUUUGGGAUCGCCCAACUACAGUCUACAGUGUAUACAGGAUUUCCCUGACUCAGCGGUAAAGGCUGAUUCAGUUCCAGAAACAGAGAGAGGCAGUGAUGGUGAAUCGGACAGAUCAGAUAUUGAUGAUUUGUUCUACAAUGAAGAUUUCUGUGACACAAACCAGUAUGUCAAAUCUGAGAUGGAUGCCCUGGAAAGAGAGCAGAGUCAGGUGGAUGAGAGUGCAGCUAUCCUGGAGAAACAACUCAGAUUAGUCAUGGACAAAGGUAAAAAAUCAGAAGAGGAGCAGUUGAUGCAGGAAUGGUUUUUGUUAGUCAACAAGAAGAAUGCUCUGAUCCGCAGGCAGAUGCAGCUAAAUAUUCUAGAGAAGGAGGAGGAUUUGGAGCGGAGGUUUGAGCUUCUCAACAGAGAGCUGCGAAUCAUCAUAACCAUGGAAGAUUGGCAGAAGACUGAGGCGCAGAAACACAGAGAAAAACUGCUGUUGGAAGAGCUUGUGAAUGUUGUUAACAAACGUGAUGAGUUGGUUCAGCACCUGGAUUCUCAGGAAAGAGCGAUUGAAGAAGAAGAAAGACUGACCCAGCGGAUCAGUGAAGGCAAACUGCUGAAGGAGGAGAAGUCCUGUACGAUACAGUGACAGAGUCGGCCACUUGACAGGGAUUACCACACUACCCUGACAUUCACUCUCUAGUCAACUGAUCAAAGUCGGUCUUAUCGCUGGAUUAUGUCCCUUGCCUGAGUGCUGUGUGACCCUCCCGAGCCUGCUAACUCCCCACCAGCCUCCUGUCACUUCCAACGCAGCUCCAAUCAACCUCUGGUCAGAUUGGGUGCUAGUUGUGAUAACCUCAAACCAUUUGCGGCUUCCCUGUCACUCGUCUAUGGAAGCGUCUUGGUCUCCAGAGAGAGGCGACCUGCCAGUGUCGAGCCCACCCCUCGUCAUCCUCCUCUCCACUCAUACAUCACCGUCUACCUCCAGAUCGCCCCCCUGCACCCGUCACCCUCUCCCACCAGCAGCAGCAGUACCGCUAUCUGACAGCACACUCAGUGAAAUUCAUUACGGUGCCCCCUUGUCAGGUGUUGGUGUUUUUCCCGUUAAGUGCUCACUUGUGAAGUGCCAUUAGCAGCGUGAAGACUUGUCGCCCAGUCUCUGGCGACUCCCCAUUUCCAAUGACGGAUCAUUCAUUUGGGAGUCGGGGAACUGCUACAGGUUGUUAAUCCGGUUCAGAGUUAGAGAGACUAGUGAGUGGUUAUCAUCAGUAAUUCCUUCAUGCUCUGACCCUCUUGGCCUGUCCCGCAGUUUUCCUGUUACCUCCAUCGCUAUUAAUCCCCUCUGUUGUCUCUCUCACACACACACUGCGAUAGAACCGUCUCCAAAGUGGGAAUUAUAACCCCAUCAAUUUACAACUGGCUCCAAACUUCCCGGUAACUACUGGGAGCUCACUGAAUAUGAAAUGAUAGAGCUCAUUUGGCUUACUCAAACCAAUAGCUUAAUCUCUCUCUGAUUUUUUUCCCUGAACACCAACUUUUCUUGAGGAGAAAAGCUCUAAGACUGAAGGCAAUGUCUUCUGUGCCAAGGGCCGAUGUUUCCACCCCAUGCAAUAUUUCAUCAGCCUUUUAAUGGUUUUGGCCUUUUACACAUUCCCACAUCCUCUGAGAUCGACCGGAUUUCUUGUCUAAUGGCUUCCAAUCACUCAGCAAAACGCUAUUUUACAGGUGUGUGACGUGAGUGCCAUGAGAGCCAAACUGGCACUAAACAACUGGAAAACUGUGUAGUUACAGGUAUGGUGCCCUCUAUGCCCAUUCUGCUGGUGACACCAGUGAAGGCAUUUGACUUUUCUGAUCCAUCCUGACCAGUUUUACCCUUUUAUGUAAUUUCCUUUCCAUUCUAUCCGUGGCUUAAUCAGAACAGUGAUGUCUGCAGUCAGCAGGUAAAUGCAUUUACAUCAACACAUUGUCAGAAUGUCUAUUGCAGUGCUCAGUGCUCAAAGUAAGCGAGGAAAAUAGAGGUAGAAAUUCCGCUCAUGCUGAUUUGAUUGUUAUAUGAAUUCAUAAAUAUGAACCAUGCUGAUAGAUUGUCACACAGCUUUUGUUCAAGAUUAGUAUGACUGUGCAGCGUAAAGGUUGAGGGUAGGUGUGAGAAAGAAUCAUUGUAAGAUGGAGGAUUGUCCAGUCUAGUCAUAUAUAAUUGAAAUCUUUCUGGAUGGUAAAAGCAAAUAGCGAUAGUCUAGUAUCAAUGCGUAUGAUAUGUCCAGUAUGUGUAUUUGAUGCUUUGAGUGCUGACAAUAUGUCUUGCCAUUGUUACUUUAAAGAAGAAAACUUACGCGUGAUGUGUUGGUUAUCAGCUUUACUUAAACGGUGUACAGAGUACGGUGCAUGAUGAGCAUGAAAGUACCCCAAAAAAUGUUUACGUAGAUGUGAAAUAUCUUGAAACAGAGAAGAGAUCUGUAUUGUCUUCAUAUACAUUGAUUUUGACACUUAUAGAAUAGGUGGAAAGUUUUCACGAAAUGAAAUCGGUAAAUACAUGUGAUUUUGCUUUCAGUUACAGCUGAGCACUGUUUAAGAAAUUAUGACCAUGUAAAGCCAUAUGGCGUUUCUAUGUUUAACCAAAUUCUUGGAUGCUAAGAGUUUCUCUUCGGGUGCUGGAGAACAUGUAUAUAUGAGUAUAGUGUUAUCUAGUGUUAUUGCUGCAUUUUGAUGAUGUUCCAUGGUAUAUUUGUUGUACAGCUUAAACAUGUGGAGCAUUGCUGUGUUUGAUCAUAUUAGUGUCUAUAGCCUUCUGGCAAAACAUGGAACUCACAGCGCGUGAACUUCCAGGAUUAUCCAUUGCUGCCAUGAUUCAGAUAUAUGUAGGCAUUGUUGCUUGUGAAAAGAUAAAAAAAUGACGGGGACUGCUAUAUUAAUACAUCAGAAUUUUUGCUGGAUGUCACAUCUUUGUUCACUACACCAGAGUUUUGCUGGAUAUCAGCUCUUUCGUCACAUGACGAAAAUUUUGUUCGAUGUCAAAGCUGAGGUGCACGUGGCCCCCCUGUGGUUUUGGUGAACAGCAACAUGGACGUGAUCUGAUGUCCAUCACCAUGGCUUAAAACUUGUCAACACGUGUGAUAAAUAUAUAUAUGUAUAUAUAUGGUAUAACGUUGACAGGUAUAUAAUGGCUUCACUUUGCCAUGAUCCCCUAUGUGAUUACCUUUAUACUUAUGCGUGUCUUUAUAGGUGGGUGGGGUGGGAUGGAAAACGGUUGUAUGUCAACGUCUGUCCAUACUUUACCCUAUGUUCAUGAGUAUACAUUCUUGAUGUUGUACACUUAUUCGAUUUUCUGGCACAUUUAUUAGAAAAGAAUAGAACUGAUUCUGUUUAUCAACUGAAAUAAAAUUCACUAUACACCGCUGACAGACAAUACGUGCAGGGUAACUUCAACAAAGGGGUAACCCAAUCAGGUAGACAUAAUUUUUAUUGGAUCCAUUUGUAGAUUUAAUAUGCUGAUGAAAAAUAGCGCACUGUGCUUCAUUUUUGUCAUGUGUUUAAAAGGAAAGACUUCGAAUUUAUUUUAUUCAGACAGUUGGCAUGAUCUUUAUAUGGUUUGAUUAAUAUGAUUGCUGCUCGUAUGAAGCAUAAUGACGUCAAGUAUGGUAGUAUGGUAUAUAAUUUAUUGCAUGUAUAAACAUAUAAGAAACGGUUAGGUAGGCCGAUAAUACUCUUGGUUACCUCCAGACUGUCCUUUACAGUAAGGAAUUAUGGAAACUUCUUUCGUCAAUAAGCAAAAGCUCAGCCUGGCAAUUUGCUCGUAAAUUAAAAUCGCUCAGGAUUGACGUUCAACAGUUUUUGUACACUUUUACGUACACGUUUACACUGGAGCUGCACAGUCGCCUUGUGUACAUGUAUUCCACAAUGCUGGUUGUGGUCAGAAUACUUCGUGUGCCAAGUUUACUGUUUUACCUGUUGCUCGAUAAAUACUCUGUAGAGAUUUCAGCUCACAGUACAUAUAACGGCAAAUCGGGUCUAAUCUGGCACGAUGGCAACCACAUUAUUUUGUCUAGUAGUCAUUAACAUAAAGCCUUCUCAGCACUGCUAAUUGUGGCAAUUGUGGCGAUUAAUUGUUUACUUGCCAUAUUUUUUUUCAUAACGUCGCACUUGUUCAUUUUUUCUUUUUGUCAUCCAAAAUAUUUUACCCAAAUUUUUAAUCAUUAUGCCAUUGUAUGUCACUGGAAGUUUAAAUUGUUUCAAUGUAUGUAGAUGAUAGAUAUGUUAUAUAGCUUAUACGGUUCGAUGUUGAUGAUAUGGUCCCGGGUCGUUAUUGAUCUACUCACAAAUUAUUGAAUCUCCAUAUAGCACGAGUGUCCACUGAUUUUACGGUGUAGUGUUGUCGGGCUCAGAUCAUCUUCAGUGACAUGAAUAUAGUAAAAUCACUGUAUAGAUGAAACCAGUACGAUUCCGAAUAGGGCAUUCCAGUCGCCAGUAUACAUAGUAACAAAGUAUAUACAGUAUGUCAUUGCACAGUGAACGUGUAGGCGUUUUCGCCGCCUGUGCGACUUUGUCCCUCAGUUUCAAUUUAGUUUGUGAAUAUUUCUUAUUAAUUUAUUGCUAAGUAGUCGGUGCUUCUUUUUCCCAGUGUAGCGUGUCACUGUAUAAACUUGGCUCCCGAGAGAUUUUGUUCUUUGUUUUGUCGGGAGAAUGGGCUACCAUUACUGCUACAAAGUGAUGUCAUUCUGUUGUAAACAUGCAUUUAAUAAAAUGUUCU